AUGAUGGAAAGAAUAAGAAAAGAGAUGAUUCUGAUGGAGAGAGGGCUCCAUAGCCCUACGGCUGGCAAGAGGUUCUCCAAUUUGUCCGACUCCGCUGGCAGUGCUGUGCUCGAGGCCCUGGAAAAUUCACAGCACCCGGCUCGCCUCAGCCCGCGCCUACCGUCCGCCCCCCUGCACGGCGCUCUAGGAGACCUCCCUGCCAAGGGCAAAUUCGAAAUAGACACUUUGUUCAACCUGCAGCACCCGGGCAGCGAAAGCACCGUCUCCUCCGAAAUUGCCUCCGCCACCGACAGCCGCAAGAAGCCGGGCCAUUAUUCAGAGGCGGCCACCGAGGCCGACAUGAGCAGCGACGUGGAGGUGGGCUGCUCCGCGCUGCGCUCGCCCGGAGGCCUGGGCGCCGCGCCGCUCAAGGAAAACAAUGGCAAAGGGUACGCGGAGAGCGGCUCGGCGGCCGGCACCACGACGUCAGCGUCGGGCUCAGGCCUCGGUAGCCUGCAUGGAGGCGGCGGCGGAGGCAGCGGCGGUGGGGGUGCGGCGUUGGGCGGCUCCGGCUCCGGCGCGGAUCAGGUGCGGCGUUACCGCACCGCGUUCACCCGCGAGCAGAUCGCGCGCCUGGAGAAGGAGUUCUACCGGGAAAACUACGUAUCGCGUCCCCGCCGGUGCGAGCUGGCCGCUGCUCUUAACCUGCCCGAAACCACCAUCAAGGUGUGGUUCCAGAACCGGCGCAUGAAGGACAAGCGGCAGCGCCUGGCCAUGUCGUGGCCGCACCCGGCCGACCCCAGCUUCUACACCUACAUGAUGACGCACGCGGCCGCCACCGGAAGCCUGCCCUACCCCUUCCACUCGCAUGUGCCGCUGCACUACUACCCGCACGUGGGCGUCACGGCCGCGGCGGCCGCAGCUGCAGCCUCGGGUGCGGCGGCCGCGGCGUCGUCGCCCUUCGCCACGUCCAUCCGUCCGCUGGACACCUUCCGCGCGCUUUCGCACCCCUACUCGCGGCCCGAGCUGCUGUGCAGCUUCCGCCACCCGGGGCUCUACCAGGCGCCCGCGGCCGCCGCGGGGCUCAACAGUGCGGGGGCCGCGGGAGGCUCGGACUUCGGCUGCAGCGCCGCGGCGCCGCGCUCCGAGAGCGGCUUCUUGCCCUACUCGGCCGCGGUCCUCAGCAAGACCGCGGUGAGUCCUCCAGACCAGAGAGAUGAAGCGCCGCUGACCAGAUAA